GCUCGGUCAUUGGUGACGGAGGUAGUGGAGGCGGGGGCAAUUGUUGAAUGAAGGUUAUUUUCUGUGUUUGCACAGAAAACCCCGGUUCGAGAGAUUCACAUAUUCCAAUGUAACAUUAAAUCCACGAAAGAGGAGGAGCCGACACUCAUUUGUUUACAGAUUAGGCUACAAGAUGUGGACAGCGGUGACUCUGCAGCGCGAGGACGAGAUUGAGUUGAGGUUGGCGAGCAGCAGACGUUUUCACAGGUUGAUUUACAUUUUUCACGGAGCAGGAAAGCAAAAGUAAAAUAUUUUCCGGCGUCAUCAUAUCCCCUGUAAAUAGGCUUCGUGGACACCUGCUUUAAAUCAUGAUAAAUAAAUAAGACGUGCCUGUCCUUUCACUAUACAACCGAUUUUAUAGCAGCACUUCAGCACUUCGGAUACUGAACUUGGUGCUGUGACUUGACUUUGCCUACAAUUACUGGAAGAACAGAGCAGAAAGAAUCCUACUUUUUAUUUUCUAUAGACCGACCUUGUCAAUCAAUAGGCUACUGUCGCUGUCUGAUGCAUGAGCGAUGCACCCAGAACACAACAGUAACCCCUCUACUGGACAGGAUAAAAUGGGGGUCAACGGGAAAGGAGAAAAUCGGACGGAGGAGGAAAUAUCGAGCGGCGAGCCGCCGACCGAAAACUGUGAUGAGGCUACUGCUGACUCUGAAAUUGAGCAGAACGGUGGUUCUCCCCAAGACCGAGAGAACCAGCAAGCACAGAAUAACCAGGGACAGGACCUGGGAGAUAGCGAAUGCAAGAUUCCACAUGAGGACAGUACUAUCCAGCUCAUCGAGGCUGGAUGUCUCGAUUGUAAACCCGGUGUGUCCCCGGAUUCUCAGUCCCCUGCACCGAUGCCAGGGCAGUGCCCCGGGUUCGUCCCACCCGAGGGCGGGUUCGGCUGGUUAGUUGUUUUCGCUGCUACCUGGUGUAAUGGAUCCAUCUUCGGGAUACAGAACUCCUUCGGUAUCCUCCACAUGAUGCUGGUGAAAGACCACGCAGACCCCAAUGACAAUACGUCGCAGUUUAAAGUAGCCUGGGUGGGGGCCCUGGCGAUGGGCAUGAUCUUUUUCUGUUCCCCGGUGGUCUCCAUGUUCACCGAUCACUUCGGCUGCAGGAAGACAGCUGUGGGCGGGGCCACCGUGGCCUUCAUCGGACUCCUCAGCACUGCCUUCGCAAAGUCCCUCAGCUUGCGGUAUUUCACCUAUGGGAUCCUGUUUGGAUGUGGCUCGUCCUUUGCCUUCCAGCCCUCCCUGGUGAUCCUGGGCCACUACUUCCGGCGGCGGCUUGGCCUGGCCAACGGCGUGGUGACGGCUGGCAGCAGCCUGUUCUCCAUGGGCCUCCCAGUGCUGCUCACCAAGGUGGCAGAGCCACUGGGCCUCAGAAGAACCUUCCAGAUCCUCAGCCUCUUCAUGCUGGUCCAGGCCCUGCUGGCCCUGACCUUCAGACCCCUGCUGCCCCAGAGAGCUCCAAUGGGACCACCAGGACCAGGGGGCCCUGUCGGGUCAACGCCUCAGCAAGCAGCCACUGCCCGGGGCAGCCGCUGGAGCAGGGCGCUGAUCCAGGUCAGGAAGGCCUUUAACCUGAAGGUGUUCCACAUCGUCACCUACCGGGUGUGGGCGUUCGGGGUUGCUACGGCUGUGCUGGGUUACUUUGUGCCCUACAUCCACUUGAUGAACUUUGUGAAAGAGCAGUUCAAGGAGACCCAGAAAGAGUGGAUCUUGUUGGUGUGUAUAGGAGCCUCAUCUGGCGUGGGGCGCCUCCUCUUCGGGAAAGUAGGAGACCUCAUUCCCGGAGCCAAGAAGAUCUGGAUGCAGUCGGUGUCGUUCAUGGUGCUGGGGCUGAUGUCCAUGAUGAUCCCCCAGUGCACGGUGUUUGAGGGGCUGAUUGUGGUGUGUGUGUUCCUGGGGCUGUGUGACGGCUGCUUCAUCACCAUCAUGGCUCCCAUAGCCUUCGAGCUAGUGGGCCCCAUGCAGGCCUCCCAGGCUAUAGGAUACCUACUGGGACUCAUGGCCCUGCCCAUGACUGCAGGACCACCCAUCGCUGGACUCCUGCAUGACUACUGUGGUGAUUACAAUGUGGCCUUCUACCUGGCAGGGGGCCCUCCCAUCGUGGGGGGCAUGGUGCUGUUCUUUGUGCCCCUGAUACACCGACGGCAGCAGAGAGCCCUUGAGGGCCAGGGUGGGGGGCCGGAGGACCCCAGCACAGAUCACAUGCUGCCCCCGGCAGGAGGCCCCAAGGGCUGCUCUAACGGAGAAAUGCUGCCUGGAUACACCGACGUGGAGACACACAUUUGAGUAGCACUACACUAAGGAAUUCUAUUCACCAGCACCUGAGAUCUGACCGUCCCUGCACCUCCUCCCUUCCCCCGGUCCCUGACCCCUGGCCCCUAACCACGGACUACCUGCUGAUGUACCUCUCAACCUCUGGCACAGUUUCUAUAGGAACCCUCCUCCUGUCUAUAGGAAGCCCCCUCCUCUCUGAAUGCCAUUAGUUCCUUAUAUGGAUCCCUGUGGUCUAAGGAAGAAGGUAUUUUGCCCCUUUGAAGCAAAGUAGGAACACAUCGCUGACCAACCUUGAACGAAGAGACAAUUGGCAUUAUCAUAGGAUCUGGGCGUCACACAAUCCAAAACAGUGUUCUCUUUCCCUGUGGCUUUAAGCUCAUCUAAAAUGGGAAUGCACACAAUAGGUGUGUACCAUUCAGAGCCGGGCACCAGGAAGAAAUCAUUUUUUAAAUCCUAUAGCGUCUGGAGUCAGAGUAUGUCAAUUAUUUAAUAUGCUUCAGUAGGUUUUUAAAUGACAGAUUAUUCAGAAAGAUAAAUAGUAGUAGAGUAAUUGAAUGGAGUACUUUGUUCUACUCUGUCUAGACCACAAGCAUCUCACACUUUAUUUCAUAUGUUCCUUCUGUCUCUAGGUGUUUCAUUAGAUAGGUCUAGGGCAUAAUAUAGGACAUAGGAAAGAUUUCAGUUAUUAUGACGACUUAUUGCAGUUACAUUUCACAAGUCUCAGUUUAUUUUGUUUAUGAUAGACCAAGGAAGAACACAUAUCUGUUUCAGUUGUGUAUUAUACGAUAGGUCUCCAUGGUGAUUCCCCCUUGGAAAAGCCACUAAAACAGUCACCUCAACCACAUACGUACUUAUGCAGUUUUUCCAUAUGUAACCGUGCCACGAUGGAGCUACAGAUGGAGAGCGCCAGAACAGACAGAACAGAUCAUUUACCGGCUUCACACUUUGUAGUCUUAAAUCUAUUUUUUUAACAGUUAUAUUUCUAAGACUUUAAGUCAAUCAAAUUUGAAUUGAAACUAAAUACACCUCUCUGAGAUGUUUUGCCAAAUUUGUAUUUACUCUGCAGAUUUGUUUUUAUUGUUUAAAGUUUCUACUGUUUUUCAUUCGUUUUUACUGUCUGUUUCUUACAAUGGCAUUGUGAUCUUGUUAUUCAGAUGGGGGUGAAUCCUGACUUCCACUUUGAGACUCCCAUUGACGUCAAUGUAUGACUAUGUGAAAAUUCUACUUAAGUGAAAGUUUUACUUAAUAAAUGAAAGUUAGGAUUCUC